AUGGAUACUGAUCCUUUGCAAGAUGCGCCUCCUGCUCGUUAUGCGGUCGAAUCUGAUUCAGAAGAUGAAAUCGGACACAGUCCCGGCUCUCGACCUGAUCGAGCGGCUCCUACUUACAAACUUGUGUCAAAUCUUCCUCAAGGAGACCAUGGACCUCUGAUGAUCAUCUGCGGGCCAAUUGCACGGUAUUGGUUGUCUGGAUUUGAGGGACAGACAAUUGGUUCUAUCCAAUUAGAUGAGACUCUGGUCGUGGAAUACUGGAGGACCAAUACGAAGCGAUUAGUAGCUGUACUGACCCAUCGACUUCCUCUUGGCGCACAGCACCUUGUCGCUCAGUCAAUUCUCGAAACUCGAGGAGAUAGCGAACAGAUCAUAGUUGCAAAGACAAUUGAGCUGUUCGCUCCGCCCAACUUGGUACAGCACCUGGCGGCCGCCAUAGUGGCCGAGUGUGAAUACCUCCAGUUCCCAAUAACCCUCCUUCUCAUACCCACACGUCACAUAACUCCCCCAGCACCUUCUAGGCCUAUUGAAUAUAGUAGUGCCGACGACGUUCCUCCUAAUACAAUUACUUUGGAAGCUGCUACAAGGGCAGUGGCGUCGGUGUCUCAGGCAUCAUUGGAUCAACUUGAUUGGAAAUCUCACAGGGUCGGGCAAAGGUCUACCAUCUUCAAGGCUCAGUCUCGUGCCAAACAUCUAGAUAGAGGUGAAGGCACCACCAAUAGCCCGUAG